AUGGUGGUGGUGGAUCCAUCGACGGCCAGUCGCGGCACCGCGGGCUCCCUCGCUCCGGUUGACACCGUCGCCCGCUCGCCCACGACGGCUGCCUCCGGGGAAGGAGGUGGGUUGGGUUCGGGCUGGCUUCUACCGCCGGGGGCCAAGGGUCGCGCCGCCGGCUGUGCCUUCCUCCGGCCUCGCACCCCAGCACCGUCCCCAUCCAUUCUACUCCCCUGGCGCCGCCCCUCACUCCCCUCUUUCCUUCUUCCCCAGCGCGCGGAGGUCACCCCAACCCACUCCUACCUCACCUUCCCCGACCCCCUAGCUUCUGCCACCGGGGGCAAGGGCCGCGCUGCCGGCCGCGUGCCCGGUGCCCUCCAACCUCCUACCCCGCGCCUCCCCUCCUUCCCAUCUUCCCUACUUCCCCAGACACGCUGCUCCCCUUCCCUCCUCUCCUACCUUUGCAAUCGGCAACGAGGAGCCGCCCGCACGCUGCACCCCCUCCCGGCUAGUCGCGCCGCUACCCACGAGCCUCCCCGCGGCACGCCGACACUCCACGGCCCCGGGCCUGCAGGAAUCCCCCACCCCCGCACCGCCAUGGCGAUGGAUCAGAUCCACUCUUGCGUGACCCCCACCUCGGGUCGGUGCUCCUCUACAACGAAAACAAGCAGCAUCAGCCCUCCCCAAGCUCAGUUGACCUCCCGUUCAUGGAUUCGUGAAUGGCACCAGGGGCCACCUACUAUCCUCUCCCAAGCUUCUCUAAAACUAAGCAACGGAAGAGCCUCCUAUGUAGUUUCUUGCUACGGGGCUGGCGUCAACGUGCCUCCAGAAGCAGAUCUCUCCUCAACACGUCGCAGUUCCCCAACAACGUGAGAGAAGUGCAAUGCUCUAGGGAGCUCUCCUUCAUGGGGGCACGUGGACGUUCACGGCUGUUGGCUCUGCAGUUCUCUUGUGUGGCCGUGGACGUGCAGUUCAUGUGCCAGUCGAGCCUCUGAGAGGUGACUAACUAAGGAGAAGAGAGCAUCACUGUUCCUUUAAAAGAAGUUCAUUUUGUUGUUUGAGAAAAUGCAGAUAGGAAAUGAGAGUAGAAAAUGGUUGUGGAUGAAUGCUUGUGUGUAAUAGGUAGCGUGCAAGCAAAAAUUGAGUCCACUCGCCUCGUCCCUGCAGUGAAUAUUUCAUUAUUAACCCAUAAAAAUAUAUGCAACGCACUACGGGAAAACCAAAACUCUAGAGAGAAAAAAUAAAAAAGAAAUGCAGUGCACUCCGGUCUUUAAAAAUGUCCACUCCGAAGGACUUUGAAGUGCACUUCAUUUUAAAAAAUGUAUUUGCAAAAGUUUACGUUGUGUUCACUGAAAAAGUUUAAAAGUACAAAAAAGAG